GCAAUGUUUCUUCAACUGAGCACGGCAAUCGGCGCAGCUAUAGGCGCAUCGUUAAGCCUUCUAGCCGCUGGUGUUGGUCUUGGUUCGCUAACGGCCAAAUGGAACAUACCAGUGCUGACCGAUGAUGUGAUCACCGGAUGCAUACUGCCGUUCACCGCUGGUGGAUUUAUUUAUAUCGCUAUGACAUCGGUUUUGCCCGAUCUGCUCGGAUCGGAACACGAAACCGGGGCAAAACGAACAUCACACUGGUUUCGUCGGUUCGCCCAAAGCCUUGCAGAAGUUAUCGCUCUAGUUGCCGGGAUUGCAAUGAUGGCCGCUCUGGGACUGUUUGAAGAGUAA